CCUGGAGCUAAAGUUCGGUUAGAACCGUGGACGUAUUCCAAAGAAUGGAAACCAGCGACGGUAGUGAGGCAUCACCAUACGCCAAGAUCAUAUGUGGUGCAAACCGAGGACGGAAGAAAGUAUCGCCGCAAUCAACAGCAUUUGAGAGUUUGUCCAGCUCUUGGAUCUGACAGCGACGACCAAACCAUAGCUCCAGUAGUUGACAAAGAAAUGUCAUCUCCCGAGAAUGCAGAUCCACUAUCCGUUGGUGCCGACCAAUCCACUGCUUCAUCGACCGUGAAUCCAGAUCCUUUACCCUUACCAGAAAUGUUCCCACCACCUGGACCACCAGCCGAGACCACCAGCCCGUACGUUACCAGAAGUGGUCGAUUAGUGGUGAAACCCAAACGAUUUGGGUGGUAA